AUGAAGAAGAAAAAUUACCCAUGCGCUAUCUGUGAAAAAUCAUUCAACCAAAGUAGCCAAUUGACAAUACAUCGACGCACACACACUGGUGCAAAACCAUACGGGUGUGAUAUGUGUGACAAAUCGUUCAGCAUAAGUGGCAAUUUGACAGUACAUCGACGCACACACAGUGGUGAAAAACCAUACGCGUGCGAGGUGUGUGACAAAUCAUUCUGCAGAAAUAGCCAAUUGAUAAUACAUCGACGCACACACACUGGUGAAAAACCAUACGGAUGUGAUAUGUGUGACAAAUCGUUCAGCAUAAGUGGCAAUUUGACAGCACAUCGCCGCAUUCACACUGGUGAAAAACUGUACGCGUGCGAGGUGUGUGACAAAUCAUUCACCCAAAGUAACCAAUUGAAAAUACAUCGACGCACCCACACUGGUGAAAAACCAUACGGGUGUGAUAUGUGUGACAAAUCGUUCAGCAUAAGUGGCAAUUUGACAGUACAUCGACGCACACACUGCAGUGGUGGAAAACCGUACGCGUGCGAGGUGUGUGACAAAUCGUUCAACCAGAGUGGCCAUUUGACGGUACAUCGACGCGCACACUGGGGUGAAAAACCGURCGCGUGCGAAUUGUGUGACAAAUCGUUUUCUACAAGCUCCAGUUUGACGAAAGCCUAA